AGGCAAUUCAUUCUCUGCAUUCAUUUGAAAUCGAAACGCGUAACAGAGCGGAUGUGCGUGCGUACACCUCGUACUACGAACAAAAGCUGCCGUAAACAGUUAAAACAGCGACCGGAGUUGCAGAAUUUAGAAGUGUAAUGAUUUAGAUGUGAACAUAAUUGUGUGUAUUUUCAUAUCACUUUACCCAAACAAUAAAACGCUUCGCAUUGAAAUAGUGCAUUAAAGUGACGUUUCGAUUUUUCGGUGAAGGAUUUUCCCAUUCCGUGUUGAGGUUAAAAAAACCGGGAAACUGGACAUCGAAGCCUCUUGAUCUUUUUUUUGCCUGUGUGUGUGUACUCUCGGUCAGAGUGUUGUGAUGUUGUGAUGAAUAUUUACAUUGAGUGAAAAUAAUGUUCGAUUGUUUGCGAGAAGCAUAGUGUCCGAUAGUUCAAGUUGAUUACGUUUCUGUGUGUGUUUUUAUUUGUGAAAACCCAAUAGGGUGAGCAAGGUGUUAAUUAAGCUUACAGUGGAAAGAAUGUUUUACCGAUGAAUUCCCCAAUCGAGUAAAGUGUGCAUACGAAAACGGUGUCUGAAGUGAAAAUUUAAUCCGAUUGAGUUUUUAUGUGCGUGUGCGUGUUGAAGAAAAUAUUUGGAAAAUAGUGUUACACAUAUAAAAGUGUGUUUAUAGUUGCAGAAAAUAUUUGUUCUUAGUUAAAACACACUGCAAAACGGGAGGAAAAUUAAGGAUUAAUCACCGAGAGCAAAACAUUGGAUUUUAUUCGACACGUUAUCAGACAUCGAAGCAUUUCGAUUCAAUUUCUACUUCAGAGUUGAUCCUGUAUUCUGAAGUGGACCCACUCUAGGAAAGAAUUCCGCCCGAUCCGAGCCGGGCUCUGGUGCGCCGUCGUUCUGUAUGCGGUAAUCCUAUUCAGCGAUCAACUGCGGGGUUGUUUCACGGUGCGUAGUUCAUUCGUGCGUGGAUUUCAAUUCGAAACAGUCGGCUUGCUCUGGUGUAAACGAAAUUGUGCGGUUAAUAGCUUGCGAAUUUUUGCCUCCAUCGUCCGUUACGAGUUCUAACGAGCAUGCAGUGAAAAUAUUAUGCGUGUGAUUUGAACGUGAGGGUCUGUGUUUUGUGUUUUAGUAAAAAAAAUAAUAACCACCAAUUGAAGUUAGUUUCUUGGGCUGACAAGUGUGUGCAGUGUUAAAAGCAAUUCUUCAACAGACAGGUGCCCUUUAACAAGCCCUGUUUAACACGUACCCCAAAACACCAAAACAUAUGUGAGUGUCUUGCGUUUUGAAGAAAACCGAAAACAAACGCCACCAUUAUACCCAUCGUAGUGUUGCUGCCGGCAUUUGUGUUACGCAUCAACGCCCGCUCCAAGGCAUCGCCGCAACACCCGGCCACUCGAUUUCCCGCGCGUCUAAUGACGCGACGGCUUCACGCAACGAGCGGAACGCGAUCAAACUGAAAAUUUGGAACAAUCCCCAGGGACUAGGAAGUGUAUCAGUUCCUAUUUACGCGUCGUUCUAAUAAAAGUGUUCAAUAUGGCCAAUGUACGGUGGACUUCACUGUCCUUCGUCGCAGUACUUUUCUGCGCUCUAGUGCUACCGAAUCACACCGACGCGUCCACAAGCAGCGUAUUUAAGGCACUGUCGAUAGGUGCCAGCACUCAGUCGAUCACGUCCAGCACACUGUCGUGGGAGAAGUUCAGCGAGGCCGAAACGCACCUCCAGUAUGCCGUGCGGACGUACGAACCCGAACAGCACUCACGGGAAACUGCUGAAUCGGAGCAGCUACACUCUCCCAACUACGUGUGUCGGGUGGAAAUCGAAGGAAUCUUUACCGGCGGUCACACGGUAACGGAAGAAUCGUCCACCAUCUGUAUCGUGGCGGCUCAACUGUCCGAGGUCGAGCGGCACCAUGCGUUCGAGGUGCUCAUAAACAUGGGCGGCGGUGGAAAGCUCAAGUGGCAACCGUGGAGUCGAUAUCAUGCCGGCAUCUUCGGCGGGGCUGUCAGCGUUGGCACGGGCAAGUUUAGCGACUAUUAUAUUGCCCGCAUUCGACCGGCGCACGGUGAGGGACAGCAUCAUCAUCACGGUGGACAUGAUUCGUAUGUGGUGGGAAAUUUUGACCCAAAUGUGAAGCUUACUGGACGUAUUAAUGCGCCCCUACCCGGUUCCAGCAUGAGCACGGAACACGAACAUGGAGACAUCUUGGUGGAAAUUGAACCAGUAAAGUACGAAUUACGUUCCAUCAAGCUGAAUAAGCUUCGAACGACCAUCAAAAAGAAUACGACCGUGUUAGGAUCGACUAUUCUCUCCAACACCGACGACAAAACGAGCCUGGCAGAAACCGUCAUCACGUACGAUUUCAUGAAGGAAAUCUACUGGGGCAAACAUGAAGGCGUCGUACAGGGUCUGUUCACGAAAGUGUACGAUUCCCGAUCGCAGCAAGCGUCCAACGUAACUUGGGGCAUCAAAAGCUCUGCACGCCAUGUAGAGACGAAAUCCGUGAAUACAAUGCUGGAACCGGGAACUGCCAUCAAUGUGACACUGUUUGGAAACUACACAGAAAUGGAAGCUCCUUAUACAGCCACCAUUAAGGCGUAUUAUGAUGACAACAGUGAUCCCGUUAGCAGACGGAUAAACACUGUCAUGGUCAGUCGCGAUAUGGAGGAUGUAAAGAUGGAGUACAGUCCGGUGUAUUGGAUCGAGAAUGGUACGCUUGUGCCAACGACUACAACCACGACGACGACCACCACCACUACGACCACAACGACCACGACCACCACCACCACGUCGACGACCGAGGCAACUACCAGCCUGCGUCCGGUACCGAUCAACAGUACUCCCGUCGAGGGCGGAACCAUGAUCGACGAGGAUGGCAUGAGCAACGAGAUUGGACAUGCACCAUCCACCAGCAGAGAUCUGGACGUCAGUCGGAGCAAUGAAAAGCUGGACAACAUGUCGAGCCGUAGUCGUAGUCGAAGCCCAAAUGCAGCGUCUAGCUUAAAAGAAGCGACCACCAUUAGUAUAUGGUUGGUGACGGCAUUUGUCCUGUUCCGUCUCAACUAAAAACAAAAAAAAACCUUUCAUUUAGUCCCGUGGCGCGAAUCCGGCAGUAGUAAAUUCGUGUUGCUUUCUAGUAAUUAAUCGUUGGGGUUCCCUCAUUCGACCUAAUUCCACUAGUAAGCUGUAAGUCGAGCUUUGCUAUGUUAAAACACAGAAAACCACGAUUGUGAGGAAACAUUCUUUCGACACGAAUGAUGCAAGUGAAGCGACAAACAAAACCUAUCCUUCAUCGCCAUCGUGUUUUCUAUCGGAAAUUAUUUGUUUUCCUUUUGUUAUCUUCACGAUAAAACAGCAUUGUUUUUAGUCAUUUAAGCAGGAAAAGGCGUACUUUAGUGUCUAAUAAUUGGCGUAGAGAAACAAAGUUUGGCGAGCAAAGCGAUCAGAGAAUUAAUGGUAUAGUUUUCUCCCUUUGUAAAAGCUGAGACUUUCAUCCAAUGAGACACCGUCAUCAUCAUCAAAAAGCAACACACCAGCCCCAGCCAAGCGUCUCAUUUUUUCCAUAGAAGUAACACACAAAAAACACAACAUUAGGUUCAAUGUAGGGCGACACAUUCGAGCCGUGGUUUUGUUUUGUUUUUAUUGUAUUAGUAAGCCUAGCGAGGUAAGAAACUGGAGAGCUAAAACUGUAUGUAAAAUUUAGCAGUUAAAUAUUUUUAUCUUUUUCUUCUGUAAAUAGCAAACAGUACCCCGCAUGUGGUAAAGGCACUGUAAUGGCCUCUCCCUCUAUCUUUGUUUCCCUUCAACAAGGAUAUUUCCUUCGUCCUUGCGAAAGCAUUGUCAGUGUAUGUUUUUUUUGUUUGUUUUAUAAACGUAUAGCAUAAGCUUUUCGAGUCCCACAUUAGUUUACUGCUAUGUGAAAACAAAAGUCCUUUCCAGCAGCCGUAUUGUACACCAACGUGGGAUAAAUUAAAGCCACACAACAUUCCGUUCACAAAUGUAAAUGAAGUAAGGAAACGUGCAACGACGAGGAGAUGAGUGAAGUGAAGAAAAAGGAAACAGAAAGGCAAACACAAAAAAAACUCAAACGCAUGUUGUGAAAGGAAAACGAAAGUGGGAAAGCAAAUGUAAUUCUAAAUGUAUACAAGCUUAAAUAUAUGAUAACUGUGUACGUGUAAUAACUCUGAUGGAGCGACGGAACAGCCUAGGAAUGAAUCGAUCAAUGGUUUAACUAUAUUUUUCUUUCCUGUUUUUUUUAUUUGUUUUCGUUGCAAAUCAAAACUACAAAACCACUGAUUUCGAAUUGCAUCUAAGUUGAAGAAAGUAUGUUAACUUUUAAAGCUUCGAAUUUUCCCGAGUGCAAACAUGCAUUAAGCUUGACGGAUUGCAUCACUGUUUUAUUUAUGACUAGAUUAUAACAUAUAAUUUAGCUUCGAUUUAUGCUUUAUUUUAGUCUCAAUAAAGUGCAAAAUCAUUUUCCUUUACGUUUUUUAUUUACUUGUCUUGAGUUUGACAUUAAUUAAUAAUUAACCAUUUUACAUAUAAACAAUAAACUUCAUAGUUUCAUCACAAAAAAAAAGAAUCUUUUCUGCAACUGAAUUGCGCUAUGUUCUGCUUAUAAACAAAACCAUAAAAAGAAACGAAUAAACAACAAAAUGAAAAUGCCGAAAAAUCAAACCAAGCAAAACGGAAUUGGAAUGCGGAAGAGUACAAAUUGUUCAGAUAGUAAAGGAAACAGAAGAUUUCCCACAACCAUAAUACAUCCUUGUCUAAAAGUUCGUGCGAAGAAAAGAAGAAAAAAGGAAACUCAAAAAAAAGGACUGAGAACUCUAGAACAGAACCAUAAUUGAUUGAACAGGUGUGAACAAAGCAUAAAACAAAUUUUCGCUACUAAAACAAAACAAGACAAAUGCCUUGCGUGUGUGUGAUCAAUAUAUUGCCGUGUACUUCUACAACAGGAAAGCAGAGUUAGACGACAAGAGUGGAGAGCCAGAACAGUGUUAAAUUGUAGAUCGAAAGAAUAUGACCCAAGCAGCUAAAAAGCUAAGUUUCAAUUCGCAAAACAAAACAAAUCUAAGAGGAUAAGCAUAACAAAAUGAAAUGAAAAACAUUAAAAUAAGUCCAAUAAAUGUCAAGACACAACAGAUAAGCUAAACAUGAGAUCGCGUACUGUCAAUCACAUCGUUUGGGAAGGGGUUUCAUCUAGGGAUGCCUCAACAAAAAAAACCACAAGGACACAGGAUAUGAAACGGAGAGCAAUUUUAAACUGAGACGUGAUUAUGAUUGAUCUGCAUUUUUUUCCUUUCACUUUCCAGCACGAUACGAGCAAAACAAAAGGAUCAAACAUUUCAAACAAAAACAACAAAUCGUUGCCUUCGGUUGCUAUGUUGCUUGAUAAUAAUGUAUUAUGCUGCUUGUUAUUGCUUUUCAAUCGCUGGUGGUGUUAACGAACCGAAGCAAGCGAUGUGUAUAAGCGUUUUCUAGCUUGUAAGAAGAAGGCAGCAGGCAAAUCCUGCAUUUGCGUGUAUCGAUUGAUAAGAAACAUAAGCCGAUUAAAAGAAGAGAACAUCCGUCAUAUGCAUAGGAAACGAUAAGUAUGAUUCAUUGAUAAGAAAAAGGGUGGAAACAAGAGACAACAACAAAAAUCCGUGCAAUUCGAGAAAAAACAACACAAUUCAGCAGUGGUGCUAAGUGAAGGAAGGAAAAACAGAAUGAACAAUUUUGGGAAAAGCACCCCCAAACCACCACAAACGUGUAUUAUCAACACCUUUGAGCCUACGUAAACAUUUCUUUCCUUUUUGCUCUUGGCAUAGCUUUCGUUUUGUGCAGCUAUUUGCUUGUGUUCGAAGUGUGUCAGGAAUGGAAUAAAAACACAAAUGCCGUAUAGAAUUAUGAAACACAACCAUUACAAAACAA